AUGCGCGGCCAGUCCUCCCGGGAUGGAAGGCGGCAGUCCCGACUUGUGAAGGGCAACGCUCAGGGGUACGAGAUCUAUACUGUGGAUCACAAAAAGGGCGGCAAGCUUCGCUUGGAUGCCACCGUGCUGUAUUCCGACAGCUGCGAAAUUGCUGAGGAGCUGACACUGGAUGCUGAGCCGUCAGAGUGCUCCACACUGACCUUUGCCAACAAGCACGAGGAUUACGACCACGAAUUGUGGUUUUCUGCCUAUGUGCCGCAGGAGAAUGAUGGCUGUCAGAUCAUGGACGCCAAUGGUACGUUGAAUCCGAGUGACGCCGAGCUGGACUUUUCAAGCGCGGACCAGGUGUGCUGGUGGCACAUGAAAGAUGGAGCCGUGCUCGGCGUCCAUAAUGGCAUGAUCAUUGAGUAUGAUGCCUCCACGCUUGCCCCUCUUGGAAUGGUUGUCAGCAGAGAUGAGCUGCAAGAUCGGCGAGUCGCGGUCAUUGACGACGAGUGUCGCGGGCACGGGUUCUACAACUUGCGCCCAUGUCCCUGUUGUUGGAGAAGUUGUGUGUGCGCGUGUGUCUCUACGACAGCUGCCUUCUUUUCUGUUGGUCGAUUGCAUGCUUACAUGUUCUGCUUGUCAUGGCAGAGGAUCAAGUUGUGA